AACUAUAAAAUAAAGAAUGGAAUUUUGGUAUUUGGUUGUUGUCGAAAUACGGUCACCUUGGCUGACAGGCGAGGAAAAUUAUUUAUAUUUUAGAAUCCACGACGCUUCGCAUACGAAAAUUGCCGAAUUAUUAUAGUUACGCACAAAUUUUAAACGCAUCGGCGUACAAAUGACCAAGUGUGGCGCUAAACAACCCAAAAUUAUGUGUUAUUUGUGUUCAAAUGGUUACGCAGCAACCAAUUCACACAUAAAAAUAUAGUCGGACACCGCGGCCAUCAACAAAAAACUAAAACCACGAAUGAUAUUUGCGUGCGCAAACGGCAAUACUGCAUGCUGAAAAUUAAAAACGUGCAAAUCAUUUCGGAUUGCCGCACAUAAGAAUGCGCUCACAAUUUGUAGUGUAAUUUAUAACAAAACGCAGCAAAAUUGCUGCCGCUGCUUUGCGGUGGUGGUGCAAAAAGAACAUUAAAUCGGUGGCAAGAAGAAGAGCCAGUUGGCAGCCCCGCUCGGCUGAAGGAAGCAAACAUCGAGAGCCGCAUUUCCAUACAAUUUGUAUUUUGAAUAAACGCGUCGUGAUCCCGCGGAUCGACGACGCCAUUAGAUAGAAAUUUUCGUUCGCCCCGUAGUUAAAGAAAAGCUGCCACCAUUCGGAAGAAAAACACUUCGAAUAUGACCCACAAUAUCGGUAUGGCGCCAUAUCGUUUGCCGGGUCCAGCGGGCGGUCUCUGUCCGCCUGAUUUUAAGCCGCCGCCACCGACGGAUAUCAUCUCGGCGCCGAGUAAUCCGAAAAAACGACGGAAAACAUCAAAUGCGGCUAAUUCGGCGGCGGCAGCUGCUGCAGCGGCGGCAGCUGCGGCGGCUGCCGCUGCCAAUUCGAUGCAACAACAACAAUCGGCGCCGCCAACACCGCAGGAUUUGUUGCCACCGCCGCCGAUGAGCGGUUUCGGUGAUACAAUUGUCGCCUCCAAUCCGUUCGAUGAUAGCCCCCAGGUAUCUGCCAUGUCCAGCUCAGCAGCCGCUGCCAUGGCGGCUAUGAAUCAAAUGGGCGGCGCCGGCGGACCCGGCGGCCAUUUUGGCCCGCACCCGCAUUGGGAGGAGCGCAUGGGCAUGGGCAUGCAUCCGCAUAUGCAUCCACAUCCGCAUCAUCCAAACGCCGGUGGCGGACCCAUGGGCCAUGGGCCACACGGACCGCAUCAUAUGGGUGGACCUCCACCCAUGCGUGGCAUGAGCCCCUUGGGACCUGGCGUGAGUCCUUUAGGACCUGGCGUGCAUCCGCAUGGCAUGGGACCCGGCGUUGGACUGCCGCCGCACAUGAAUCAUGGUCGAGCUGGCGGAGUACCCAUGGGCAGUCCAAUGGGUGCAAUGGCUGGCAUGGGCGGCAUGAGUCCAAUGGGCAACAUGGGAGGACCAAGCAUAUCCCCACAUCAUAUGGGUAUGGGCGGAUUAUCACCCAUGGGCGGUCCCAACGGGCCUAAUCCGCGUGCAAUGCAGGGAUCGCCCAUGGGCGGUGCUGGUGGACAGAUGCCCGGACAGAAUUCGCCAAUGAACUCGCUGCCAAUGGGCUCACCCAUGGGCAAUCAAAUUGGUAGUCCACUGGGUCCAGGACCUGGGCCCGGGCCGGGCCAACAGCAACCAGGAACCCAACAGCAGCAGCAGCAGCCACAAAACCCGCAACAGACGCACAUGAACAAUGGACAAAUGGGUCCGCCGCCCCUGCACAGUCCGCUGGGCAAUGGGCCAACAAAUCACAGUCACAUGUCCGGUGGACCAGGUCCUGGUCCGGGUCCUGGGCCGGGCGGUUUAGUUGGGCCCGGUGGCAUGUCGCCAGCCAACAGCAACAACAACAAUAAUAACAGCAACAUGAUGGGUGGCAAUGCGUCCAACAACAACAAUAGCAAUAAUAAUAAUAAUAACAAUAACAACAAUGGCAGCAAUCCCAACAACAGCAACAACAAUCAAAAUCCUCAUCCACAUCUGUCGCCAGCGGCGGCAGGUGGCCGUCUGGGCGGUGUGCCCAAUUCAAUGCAAUCGAACGGUCCAAUGCCUGUGGCGUCAUCAGCAGUAUCGACAGCGGCGACGACGACGUCAACAUCGGUAACAGCGACCACAUCAGUGCCUACGUCCUCACCAGCGCCGCCCGCCAUGUCACCGCAUCAUGCGUUAAAUAGCGCCGGUCCCAGUCCGGGCAUGCCCAAUUCUGGGCCCAGUCCGUUGCAGUCGCCAGCUCUAAGCGGCGGUCCUGGCAGCAACAACAGCAAUAACAACAACAACAUGAGCAACAACAAUGGACCCAUGAUGGGCCAGCAAAUGAAUCCAAAUGUUCCUAUGCAGCAGCAGCAGCAGCAACAACAACAGCAGCAACAACAACAGCAGCAACAACAACAGCAGCAACAACAGCAGCAACAACAACAGCAACAACAACAGCAACAACAACAACAGCAGCAGCAGCAUGGCCCUAUGGGCGUCCAUAUGGUUGGACCACCGGGCGGACCAGGUGCACCUGGUCACGGCCCUGGUGGUCCCAUGGGCAUGGGCAUGAAUCAAAUGCUGCCGCCUCAGCAACCGCCACACCUUGGAGGACCACCGCACCCGCAGCUCAUGAAUCAUCCGCACCCGCAUCAUCCGCAUCCUGGUGGUCUGCCUCCACAUCACAUGAUGGGACCCGGACCGGGCAUGCAUGGUCCCGGUCCAGGCGGCAUGCCACCCCAUAUGGGGGGUGGCGGCGGUAAUCCGCACAUGAUGGGUCCACACGGCAAUGCUGGCCCACACAUGGGUCAUGGUCAUAUGGGUGGUGUGCCAGGACCAGGUCCGGGACCAGGCGGCAUGAAUGGACCGCCACCGCAUCACGGAAUGCCACCUCACCACGCACACUCACACCCACAUCAUCACAGCCACGGACACAGUCCGAUGGGCGGGCCGAACAUGUUUGGCGGUGGCGGCGGUGGUGGCCCCAUGGGUCCGGGUCCUAUGGGCAACAUGGGUCCCGGCCCCAUGGGUGGUCCUAUGGGCAACAUGGGCGGCCCUAUGGGCAAGCCCAUGACAAUGAGCGGUGGCAAAAUGUAUCCACCGGGUCAACCAAUGGUCUUCAACCCGCAGAAUCCAAAUGCGCCGCCCAUAUAUCCAUGCGGCAUGUGCCACAAGGAGGUCAACGACAACGAUGAGGCGGUCUUCUGUGAAUCCGGUUGUAAUUUCUUUUUUCACAGAACCUGCGUGGGACUGACGGAGGCGGCCUUUCAAAUGCUCAACAAGGAGGUGUUUGCUGAGUGGUGCUGUGACAAGUGUGUGUCUUCCAAGCAUAUACCCAUGGUCAAGUUCAAGUGCUGAAGAACCACCAACAACAACAACAACGAUGAUAACAACAACAAUCACCACCAGCUAGCACUCAUUCACUCUGUAUAAAUAUAUCCAAGCAUUAACUAUUUUAAUUGUAGGGUUUAAGCAGUUUAAGGUAACCCACAUACAUCAUACCGCAUGCGCUCACAAUAGUCAAAGGUCCCCAACGAAACCCUCAAUUUAAAUGCAAAGACUCACUAUAUAUAUAUACUAUAUAUAUAUGUGUGGCCGGAGCAGUGUUGUGAUUUUUCGCUUCGGCCAGGCUCAAUGCGCGCAUCCUUAACAAAAGCAAAAUCAAACCUUAAGCAACACUGAAAACACGAGAUAUGUGUGCUAAUUGUAAUAUAGUAUAGCAUAGUAUACAUAUAUAUAUAUAAAUCUAUAUCUGUAUCGCAUGUGAGACGAUUCGUUGUUGUCAGCCUAGAAAGCAUGAUAAGCAGAAAGUAACGGAAAUGGCAGAAAACAAAAGCAACAAAAAUCUGAAAUACACACUGAAAAAGGCGAAACGUCGAUAACGAAAGCCAAUAUCAAUCUACUCUAGUGUGUAUUAAAAAAAAAAGGCAAAAUUAUGAAUAAAAAAAUAAAAACAUCGGGAAAUUCAAGAAUGAAUAUAACGUUAAAUUCUUAAGCAAAAUGAUAAGGAAAAGCAGUUUAGAAGCGGACACAAAACGUUAUUUUUACAAUUUGUUUUCGAAUUAUUAGAGUUUUAAGUGUGUGUGGAGUGCAUGCAAAUACUAUACAUAUAUAUAUAUAUAUAAUAUACACACAUAAGAUAUCUUUAAAACUAAAUAUCGAUCUGACAAUGAGCAUACAAAUUGUAACGUAAACAAAAUUUAGCCGUGUGUGUGAAAUUGUUUUCAAGAAAAAGUCUUUCGUGUGGUGUUUUUUACUCUUGCGUCAAUUUUGCAUAAACUUUUUAAACAAAAACAAACAAAAAACUAAAGAAAAAAUACUUAAUAUGCUAAGCGAAAGAGUAUUGACGUAUCGAUUGAACUGAUAAGGAGUUUGGGUAUUUACAAAUUAUUAAAGUUCGAGAAGCAAUAAAUAGAAAACGGAAUGCGAGUGAAAUCGAUUGCGAACAAAAGAAAGCACAAGAAAUUAUUAAAUAAAUGCAGCGAAACAGAACUAAUUUAAGCAUUAAAAGUUAACGCGUGAAUUCAAAAUGAGAAAAUUGUAUAAAUUGCAACUUAAGUUAUUUAUAAUUAAAUAAAAAAAAAAAGUACAUACAAAAUAAGUUGAAAACUUUUGAUCGUGUUUACUCGCAACGUGAGAAAGCAAAACUGUGGGGGGAGUACGAUACAAUCAAAAAAUUAUAUCGUGACUUCACCCAAAUGCAAAUAAGUAGGACUUGACAACGUUUCUAUACCAACCUCUGCUAUUCAAACCUAUGUUCUCUUUGUCUCUCUGAAUAAUUGACUUGUUUACCGAAAUGGUUGGCGUAUAGAAGAGGAAAUGUUAAACCCAAAAGGGUGGUAUAUAUAUAUAUAUUCUUGGUCACUUUCAAACGUCAGUGUCUAUGUAAACUAGUCCAUUAAUCUGAAAGCUAUCUAAUUAUUCCUUGCAUAGAUACGUUCUUUUGUUUAUGUUAGUAAAUAAGUUGAGGUUGUCAUACUUUUUGUUUUUCAAGAUACUUUAAGAAAAUUCCGCAAUUACGAAAUUCAUUAUUCUUAUAAUCAAUAUCAAAUCACGUUGUAUUAAAAGUCUAUCGAAAAUCAAGUUGAAACUCUUCAGUGUCUGUGGAGUGUUAGCCAUAUGCUAUAAACAUUUUGAAUGCAUAUCUCUCUGAACCCAAAAGUUACGUAGUUUCUGCAGCUACGA